GGGCGCCGGGGCGGGCGCGCGCACGCGGCCGCGCCCUCGUUUUCCUCCGGCUUUUUAUUUAUUGUUGCGCGGAAGAGCGCGCGCGACGGGUGUGUGAUGCGCGCGUAGUCAGUACUUACGAAGCAUGGAGUCCGCCGUGGACUCAGCGUCGACCGCGAGCGAGGUGAGCGGCUCCUCCGGGGGCUCGCCGAGGGUGAAGGCGGCGUCGCCGGCGCGAGCGCUGAGCCCGCCGCAGCUGCUGGCGCCGCGACUGCCGCUGCCGCCGCCGGGUCUCGGCCUGCUGGGCUCCCUGCAGAUGAUGCACCACUCGCCGCUCGAGCUCAUGGCGGCGGCCCAUCACCACGGCCCACCGCGAUACGGCAGCCCGCCGCCCAUCUCCACGUCCGACCCUUCCGCCAACGAGUGCAAGCUCGUAGACUAUCGGGGCCAGAAAGUCGCCGCGUUCAUCAUCCAAGGCGAUACGAUGUUGUGCUUGCCGCAGGCUUUCGAACUGUUCCUCAAGCACCUAGUCGGUGGGUUGCACACAGUGUAUACGAAACUUAAGAGACUGGACAUAGUGCCGCUGGUGUGCAAUGUGGAACAGGUGCGCAUCCUGCGCGGCCUGGGCGCCAUCCAACCGGGCGUCAACCGCUGUAAACUGCUCUCCUGCAAGGAUUUCGACGUGCUCUACAGGGACUGCACUACAGCAAGGUGCCUGUCAAUGAAAGCGCCAGACAGCUCCAGACCGGGCAGGCCUCCGAAGCGUGCGUCCGGCGUGGGCCUGUCACUUGCAGCCACGCAGUUCCCUGGCCACCCGUUCAAGAAGCACCGCCUGGAGAACGGGGAAUACUCGCCAUAUGAAAACGGACAUAUGAGCGGUGAGUUUCUCAUUUUCGUUGCAGACAUGGCGAGGAUGGAGAAGUCACCUUUGCUCGCGAACGGGUACAACGCACCGCCUACUCACCUUGGGCCCAUGGGCUUCAUGCAUCAGCACGCGCUCAUGUCACCAGGCAUGCCUCACCACGGGGUACCACGACCCGACGGCUCCAUUAUCAAAGGACAAUCCAUGCACAACAUGGAAGCACUCGCGAGAUCUGGUAUUUGGGAGAAUUGUAGAGCGGCAUACGAGGACAUCGUAAAACAUCUCGAAAGAUUGCGCGACGAACGAGGCGACAUGGAACGAGUUAUGGCGAUGGACAAGGCGCGCGAGGGAUCACAUAAUGGUUCAUCCCCCGGCCACAGUCCGGUGCUGAACCUAUCGAAGUCGGGCUCCGGCGGUGACCGCGACCGGCCUGACCGGAGAGACCAGGACCGCGGCGACCGGGGAGAGGGCUCGGCCAGCGGGCGUAGCUCCGCCGGUUCCCGGCGCACACCGCAGCCGCCUCGUAUGCCUUCCGCACCUACCGCCGCAGCAUCGCCAAGAUCGCAUAGCGACGACAGUGACGCUGCGCUGUCCGAUCAGGACGACCACAACGUCAAAGAUGAGGAUGAUGGUGCGGACUUAAGCGACGGCGAGCGUGAGCUGCCGGCGUCGUCAUCGCCAGCGCCGGUGAGCUACGCGCAGCCCACAUCCACUCCGCCUUCAGUGCCGGUGGACCCCACAGCGGACACCCUGGUGUCCUCUACAGAAACCCUACUGCGGAACAUCCAGGGCCUGCUGAAGGUCGCCGCCGAUAACGCUCGACAGCAGGAAAGACAGAUCAGCUAUGAAAAAGCUGAACUGAAAAUGGAUGUCCUCAGAGAAAGAGAAGUGAAAGAUAAUUUGGAGAGACAACUUUUGGAUGAACAAAAAAUGAGAGUUAUGUAUCAAAAGCGACUAAAGAAAGAGCGGAAACAACGUCAGCAAAUUCAAGAACAACUGGACAUCGAGCUGAAGAGGAAACAAAAGAUAGAAGAUGCACUUAAGCAGUCCGGAGCGCCUGCAGAAAUCCUUAGAAUCGUUACUGAGAACAUAUCACCACCGGCGCAAGAGACGCCUCGAUCUGAGCGCGAGAACGGCGCAGAAAGCAAGCCCCCAAGCGCGGAGCCUCCCCCGGUCUCGCCACCCUUCCAGAGAGAACCACCACGUACGCCUGACAAGCCGCAGUGGAACUACCCUCCACCACCUGUCGAUAUCAUGAGCGGAGGAGCUGCUUUUUGGCAAAACUAUUCUGAAUCCUUGGCGCAAGAGUUAGAGAUGGAACGCAAGUCGCGGCAACAGGCCAUGGAAAGAGACGUGAAGAGCCCCUUGUCUGAACGCGCCGGCUACUACAAGAACUCCGUGCUCUUUAGUUCGGCCACUUAGCUGCAGAACCAGGGGGGCAACGACCUCCCCGAAAAACACGAUAAAGAUGACGACAGAAAACCCAUCAUCAAUGUCAAACCAGAGUUCAGGGAAAAGUAGCCCUCGGACGCGACGAAACAAAUGAUGUUCAUCCGAUAGUUUCUUAAGAUUUUUUGUGAAACAGAUCUCGAUGAAGUAGACACUCCUCUUAUUGAGAUUAAUAUGUAAAUAUUGUUAUGAAUUCGAAGUAAGAACGUAGAUUUCGUGGCGUUAAAACGAAGUCUGAUGGACUCUUCUUCCAUAGUGAAAUUUGUAAAUAUUUCUUUUAUUACUAUAUUAUAAGGCAUUACGGUUUUAUCGACGAUUCAAGUAAUUUAUACGUCAUAUUUUAAUCUUUUAUCAAAGUACCUUUAAACUUAUUGUUAAAUGCCAUAUUUGUGUAUUAAGUGUUUCAUUUUAAAUUUUUUGUAUAUUUUUAACGAAAUCAUUUACUAAAAUUAUAUUUUUUGUACCUACACAUUCUUACAUAUCAUAAGACUCUUGGAUGUUUUGAUUGAAACAAUAUUUGGAAUUGAUCUAAGACUGCUUUUUCGAGAUUUUUUCCAAAGUUGACCCAACAAAUACUGAUCGGUUAAUUUUGCUUGCUAGUCUCAUGAAACUCUGUAGGUAAUUGAUAAGUGUUUGAGUUCCUACGGUAUUUUUGUUUAUCAGUGUGAAGGACCAUAUCGUCAGUAAAACUGCAAAGUAAUUUGUAGGUACACGUUUUUAUCAUAGAAAAAUAAUUACUGUAUAAAAAUUACGUUCAAUACAAAAACGGCGAUGAUCACUCGCUAUCGUGUAAUUUAUUCAAUUUUAGUGCAAUGAUUAGAUUAUAACUGAAUUAGUGUAAUCUCUUUAACCAUAAAAUGUACUAUAAUUAAAGUUAGUCAUUUUAAACGAUAAAUUUUUACAAUACUAUGUUGACUGAAAGCAAGGUGGUUUUUGCAUCUAUCGUCAUUUAAGUAUUCCUUUGAAUUUGAUGACGUAGAUGCUGUAUAAAUAAAAUUAAAACGCUGCAUCUCAUAUCGCGCAGUCGAUGUAUAUUAGUUAACGAUAAGAGCCGUAGUAUUAACAUUAUACAUAAUAAAGUAUAAAAUAGCGUUAUUUAUAUUGAUGCUUAGUUAUCGGGACGACUUUGAAUGUCUAAAAUAGUUCAUUUAAGAUUUAGAAAUUGUGGCGGGCGAAAUAUUGGCGCUUGGCUAUUCUGAAUGUACAUCGCGGUACAAAAAAUUUUGUUUAUUGGAAAAACCCAAAUCAUAGUUUGCAUAUAAUUGGUGGCUUUGUAUAGUCAAGCGCUGAUGUGAAUGAUCGCUUCGUGCAAUUAAAUAAUUUCAUAUUAUCUGUAAUGGGUAAUGCGACGUAAUGAAUAAAACUUAGUUGUUACUAUAAAUGUUUAGAGACAUGUGUGACUGUAUAAAGAGAGUGAAUGUGACAAUUUUGCAUCUCUUUAAUUUCUUUGCACUACUCAAAUUGUUGUUGACAAUACUGUGGCCCAUGCACAAACUUUGACAGUCAAGGAGCCAGUUUGUUCUCACGUCCGGUAGUGGCGCUGCUUAGUUUCCAUAGAAACUUUGAUGAUGCGAUACGAUAACAGAUAUGUCAAAGUUCGUGCUUGGGGUACUGGAGAAAAAACUGUGUUAAUUUAUGAAGACAUCACGCUAUGAGCUGUUGUUGCGCUCUUUCCCUUUCUAACGCAGAGAAACGUCAUAAUUAAAAUGUCGUAAGUUGACGGAGUUCGUCUUCUCGACUCUAGCCCCCUUAUUAAUAAACCAGGAAUAAGCUUAGACUAGUUACGCCGUGUUUUGUUCAUGUCACUCAAACGCCAUUUGUCAUUCAAUGGAAAGAGACAAAACAUGGAGUAAUUAAUCCAUGCGUGGUCUUCGUUUAUUAAUAAGGGGGCUUAAGUUCUAGAGUAUACUUGGCUGUAAAAAUCUUGAGUAAAACCAUAGACAAACAAACUUGCGCAGUCGGCGUUUCUGAAUGUAAUAUGUCUACUGCGCAGUCUUCUUUGUCCAUGGAUUAUGUUCAAUUUGUUUGCCGAGGUAUAUAUGACGGUUCUGUGCGGUAAAAAUGAUGCGGUAAUUAAGACAAAAAACCACAAAAUAAGUGGUAUUGUCUUUAGAAUAGAAAUCUUUUCGAGGCUUUUUCUUGUUGUAAAUUAUGCUUUUACAUCCUGAUCGUUAAUAGUAAGCAAUCUGAAAGCGAGUAUUAUUAUUUAUUAUUUCUAUUAUAAUUAUGAUUAAUUUACUUAAAAUUGUGUGUGUGCCUUGUAUCGUAGAUGAAAAUAUCAAGAUUAAAAAUGAAAAUUAUCA